CAGGCAUCUCCGAGAGUUCUUGUAGGUGUUUGAGGAGAAGGAAUGAAGAACGUAGCUUGUUGGAAAGCUUUGCUAAUUCUAUGGGUUGCUUAAGGGCAAGGGAGCAGGGUCUAAAUGAAAGGAACUUAGAUAUGAUAAUGGAUAAUAGAAGUACAAAAGGGGAAGGACAAUUUUAUCGGGGCCUAUCUUCACCAAUACUUGCGUUCUUAUUGCCUAGAAAUGGCAAACGGAGUAAUAGUGGUCCAAGAAGGAGAGGUGGGGUUGUGUCAAGGAGUAGCUUACCAAAUAAAGGGGAAGGGAAAGUGGACUUUGGUGGCAAGAGGAAGGAUAGGGGUUCUGGGACUGGGGAUGAGGAAAGAGGAAGGAAGGGAAUAGUUGGUGCGGAUGGGAUGGUGACUUUUACACCUGAUGGGAGGUUCAAUAUGGAUUUCCAGCCAUGCUGAGUUGCAUAUUUAUUCAAAUUCAAGUUGCUAUGGUGUCAAGUGUGUUAUACCAAUGCAACUAAUGUCCAAGAGGCAAGAAAAUAGCUACAGCUCA